GUGGCAUCAUUUGUACGUCUUUCUCGCAUCUGAGUUAGUUUUGCAUUGCCAGGGGAGAAUAUUUCUGAAUGCUUACAUGAUUGCUGGUGAAAUCCGAACGUUGGGACAGAAUGUAUCUAUCUCAUUUCACAACCAACACGUGUGCUGGACGAGACAGCACUCUGAUCUGCUUGUUUACCAUUCGUCUGCUCUCGCAGAGCAAUCCUCGACAUGUCGGAAACAGUGAAAAAAAGUAACACUCGAUAGAAGACCAGAACAUGAUCUAAAGCAGGCCACCGCAACCGAUAUGCCAGGACUCACCUCCGCCUUCGCACCUUGCAUGCCUUUCCAUAUUAUAAUCCAAAUGUAUUUGACCAUCUGUCGGACCUACUACGAUAAUAAAUAAUAGUACAAGCAGAACCGUGCUGCUGAUGCUGCUGGUCUUCCGUGAAUAUACGCAUCUCCGAAGACAAAUCUGCAGAAAUAUUUUGCUUCUGCGUGCCGAAUAGGAUCGAGGGAACUCCUGGAAGUCUUGGACGAGUUUGACGAGAGCACACAACACGUUCAGAUACAGUUUCGGAAUGCUUCGGUCACAGGGUUUGCUGCUGUGUUCACCCUCACCACCACCACCGACGACACACCCUUCCCCACAAUUGCAGAGGAAAUCAUGCCUUGGAAUCAUUUGUCGGGUCAUAGAUUCCACUAGUCCUCGAAAACAUUCAUGCAGAGGGCACAGAGUCAAAACACACCCCAAGGGUCGGACAGCAUAGCGCACCACAGCUCUGGGAUCUUCGAAGAUCGAUACGCCUGGACUGAAUUGGUGUCGACUGAUUACAGUUUAUGCAUCAUUCUUUUCGGUGCAGGCAGAGGAAUCUUCGGAAACCGACAAUGCUCAUCUGAAGAUUGAAAUCUGGUCGGGAGGCAGCUAAGCGAGGAAGCUCCUCUUGAUUUCGUUCCGAUCAUAAACCGAAGGAGACGAACUCGAAGAAAAAGUGACCUCCCCUCACUUCUUCUCCGUCGUCGAAGGUCUAGAAGCUCGAAAAGCUCGAGUCCGGGCCCGCCGAGCGCUUCAAUUCGCGAGGGGCCAGGUCUCGCCGAAGGGCCCGAGCUCGGGAAAGGUAUGUUUCGGCUCACAUGGUCCACCCGCGCAGCAUUAGUUGCUGCUGUGGGUUGCAGCCGCCCUCUCCGAAAAGCGAUGAUUGUUCACUGAAAGAAUGCGAUUUCGUCAUUCGGGCAUGCAGUUGGGUUUCUCACGGGGAAAAAAUCUUCCGAAGUCGUGCACUGAUUCGAGCUUUAGAGGAUUCCCGGCCACCCGUAUGCGCUGGAUGCUCGCCCGAGCGAUGGAGCAAGAGUCAAUUCCUGAAGAGGAAUGAAGAAAGACUCAUCCGGGAGAGACCGACCACCUGAGCGCUUGGGCUCGGGCGGACACGUCGAACAAAUCUACGCUUCGGAACGAAGUGCUCGAUCGUAGUCGGAAGGAUCGAACGUGGUGUCACUAUUCGCUGCUGCUGCUGCUGCUGCUGCUGCUGCGGCUAUAAUCAACCGUGAGACAAACAUUUGUCCCUGAGGGUAAACUUUAUCUCGAGUGUGUUUGCAAUCUGUUUAGGGAACUCGUGAAGCGCUCUCCGGUCUUGCGUCAAAAUCAAGAACCCAAAGUUCACUUAGCCAUUGUGAAGAUCUUUAAAAGCCGGGCAAGAGUCACCUUGCGUAACUAAACUCGCUGGUUGUUCCGUCCCACUUGCGGAAUUCCCAGUGGCUGCUAAAAGAGCUCGUACGAGAAUGAGGGCCGAACUUGCCCGACUCUCAAAUUGACCAGAAAUCUCGAUCCAUCCAUUCGGACAGCAGCAGCGUCCAUAGGGAGUCGGUGGGAUCACAGACCUCCACGAGCUACUUCUCUGCACAAAACUGGUGGGUAGGUUUGCAGCGGCGUCGACCUCGAAACGUUCCUCCAUGGAUCGGAGCGAGGAGGAGCUUCUGGACGAUGCUGCUUUGCAGAUUUUAAAGUUCUUGGGACAAGUCUAUGUCCGGCUUCAAGAAGCUCAAGCCGUGCAAGAAUACGUCUGUGAGCAAUACGAGGCCUCGAUUCGAUUCCUACGUCUAUGUGCGAGUGGCUCGGAUCAGUCCGGGCUCUCUGUCCCCGAGGCUCCUACCCGCAGAAUUUUUCGAACGAGAGAGCAUUCAGCGCACAAGGGUUCUCACCAAGGCCAUGAAAACAAGCAGCAGCAGCAAAAGAUCAAGACAGGGCCCGACGACGACGGAGACAUAGCCAGCAAAGAGUUCGCGGCGCUGUGCGAGUGUUUGGACACCGUCCUUGCGGAGGCGCAAGCUGUUCGUGAAGGGUCCAUCGACGCAUUGACGAGAAAGUGCGGAGGGAGAACCCGGGGACCCAAAUCCGCAGGCAAUCGUCAGCAUCAUCCCACUGCCAGUAAAGAUGGUGCUGCCAGGGUCAGCUGGACGGCUGCUUCCAGAACAGUCAACGAUGGUAUUGUCGCCGGCCCUGCAACCCGGACCAAAGAUAAGAUCGUCCGACCAAACUCGAGGAAAGCAGCCAAAUCGAUCAAACCCCGCAAGCCUGCCAUACCCCAGAUGUCAUCAGCGUCUGCCAUUCCUCCAGGGGCCUGCAACAACAACAAGAUUCAGAGCAGGAAGACGAGUCCGGAGAAGAGCGACCGCAUACCUCGUCUGCCUCUGUCCACCAGGCCCAAGCCAAGUCUAGCACCAGCACCAGCACCGUCUUCAGCUGCACGACUGCUUCGAGAUGAGCUUAACAUCGACUGCACAGCCAAGUGCCGGACAGCGGAGAGAUGGCGUCUGCAGUUUCCCCAGAAGUAUGUAGCACUUUGGUGCUGGUUCAAGGCGAGGGAACGGUACUGGCACAGCACAUACGCCGCAUGCAGGACCAAACCUGCUGCCGAGGAGGCAUUCUUGGCCUCGUUGGAGGAUGUCUACAAUGAGCAAGAAUCGAGCCACGAAUCCCAUGAUGAUGAAUAUAAACUUGCAGCUUCACCCAUUCGAGAAUUACAGAAGGCCAUGGAAGAUCUAAUGACCUCUGCUAUCAUGAGCGAGUCGCGGCGGAUGAAUCUGCAGCGAUUAGCACCCGCAGGAUCCAAGAUAGCAGAAAUGAGGAACUUCAGUAUGCAUAAACUCCGGCCACCUGGUAAGACAGAUACUAUUCUGAAGACCGAUUUGGAGAAGGAUAACACGGAGCCUGAAGAGGCCCUGAAUCCCUCCUGGCUUCCUCGGAAUUGCUGGGUACACUUGUGCGAUGUACUCAACAACUUAGAGCUGGACGAUUUAUAUGUGAACGAGCUGGAACGGGGCCUAGUCACCUACUCAGAACCAGAGCAAAUUGUUGUUAUUGCUCGACUCUCGCACUGUAUACAAGUGACUUUAUUCCACUGCUAUGUGGAGAAAGUCUUCGGCCAGUCUUUACUCCACAGAUAUUCUCGGAAGACAACAGGCGAUCGUCAAGGCCGUGUUGGGACCGAUGACAGCAACGUAUAUGCUCAAGAUUUGGACCCUGGUUUCCGGAGAGGGGAAGGAGAGCAGCAGAGCAUGACAAGUCUACUGCGAUGUCAACUAGCUCACUGCAUUCUCUGCAAAGAAGGACGAGCGCUUUUCGUUCUGGCCGAGAGAAUAACCGCCACCGCUUAGCUAGCCUUCGGGGGACGAAGCAUUGACUCUUGAUUUGUUUAGAAAUAGGAAACAGAUCUGCUGCACGCUCGCUUUGCACCGACAGCGGUCGUUCUUUUCCAUCUGACUCAGAGCUACAAUUCAGCUCCUCGCGGACGGAACAAAUCGACACAUCUGGACAUGGAUCUGAGGAAUCCAAACGAAGGCUUUUUUUCCUUUCAUGUCUUCCUCAGGCUUCUUUCCUUGACUGCACGAGGACCCAGCCUUGUCUCAUCUUCACCGCUCGAGGCUUUCUGUCCAUCCACUGACAGCACUACGAGUUUUUAGAACCUCCUGGUCACGGGAAGCUCCUCUGAUCUCGCGGUACAAUACUUCAUCCUCUUCAAUUUUGAUUGUCUGCAUUAGAUUUUGCACAAACGGGCCACUGAGGAGCAGGCCACCUCCAAAUUUCGCAACCCUCGUGAACCGACGAUUUUUCAUAUUUUCUCUGAGCCGCUUCCAUCCGCGGCUUAGAAAACUGAGGCGGGUCGAAGAUCGAGGAAGACGUCAUGGAAAGCAUCGCUCUCCACG